AUGAAGUGGCUCUUUUUGAUCUGCAACCUAUCUUUGGCUUUGGCCGGUAGCAAGCCUAAAGUCACACCGGAUAAACUCUCCUCCCUCAUUCGGCUUGAAGAUCUCCUCGAGGGCACUCAACAGCUCGAGGACUUCGCCUAUGCAUACCCAGAGCGCAACCGUGUCUUUGGUGGAGCGGCUCACAAUGAAACGGUGGACUUCCUCUACCGUGAGCUGAAGAAAACCGGAUACUACAAUGUCUACAAGCAGCCGCAAGUGCACACAUGGACUAAAGCAGAUGCUUCUCUGAAAUUCGAUGGCAACUCCAUUACUCUUACUUCCAUGACAUAUAGUCCCAGCGUCGACAUCACUGCAGACUUAGUGCUGGUUUCAAAUGUUGGAUGCACUGCAUCGGACUACCCCAGUGAAGUGGCUGGCAAAAUCGCCUUUGUGAAGCGUGGAGAGUGCACCUUUGCGGACAAGUCACUGCUUGCCGGUGCAGCGAAGGCAUCUGCCGUGAUUGUGUAUAACAAUGCUGCUGGGUCUCUCAGUGGAACUCUGGGUGGGGUUUCCGACGACUACGCCCCCAUUGGAGGAGUAUCGCAAGCAGACGGCCAAACUCUCCUCGACGCCGUUGCCAAAGGCGCUACAAGUGUGUCUCUUCUGAUCGAUAGCAAAGUCGAGAACCGCACUACAUUCAAUGUCAUUGCUGAGACAAAAGGUGGUGACCACAAGAACGUCGUCUCACUGGGAGGGCACACCGACUCCGUCGAGGCUGGCCCCGGAAUCAACGACGACGGAUCUGGCAUUAUCAGCAACCUUGUUGUGGCCAAGGCUUUGACCCGCUUCACUGUCAAGAAUGCCGUCAGGUUCUGCUUCUGGACCGGCGAGGAAUUCGGUCUGCUAGGCAGCGAGUACUACACAUCGCACCUCAGCGCUGAGGAACUAGCCAAGAUCAAAGUUUAUCUCAACUUUGACAUGAUCGCCUCCCCCAACUACGCUAUCAUGAUCUACGAUGGCGAUGGAAAUGCCUUCAACCAGACCGGACCCACUGGCUCUGCCGAAAUUGAGGCUCUGUUCGAAAACUACUUCAAGUCCAAGAACCUGCCGUACAUCCCAACUGCAUUCGACGGCCGAUCCGACUAUGAUGGCUUCAUCUCUCGAGGCAUUCCCGCAGGUGGAGUCUUCACUGGUGCCGAGGGUGUCAAGACCGAGGCCGAGGCCAAAUUGUUCGGCGGCCAAGCGGGCGUCUCUUACGAUGCCAACUAUCACGCUGUCGGAGAUAAUACCACCAACCUUAACCACGAGGCCUUCCUGACCAACUCCAAGGCUACCGCUUUCGCCGUUGCGACCUACGCUAACAGUCUCAAGUCCAUUCCCAAGCGAAAUGCAACUUUGGCUGGACCGUUGAAGAAGAGGGCUCCCAAGGCGCAUGCUCACACUGAGAACACUGGUUGCUUCCACUCGUUGGUCGAGAUUUAG